GACCCCGUCGGCCCCUGGCCUUAGCCCUCGCAGAACGCUGCGGCGUCUUCCGGGGCCUGGCGGGCCGGGGACCGAGGGGGCGGGGAGGUGACCCGGCCGGGGCGGAGCCGGCGCGGGCGGGGGCACAGGCGCGGCCAGAAGGCGGCCAUGCGCUGCGUGGGGGCGAUCUUGCGGCCGGCGGCGCACGGCGCCUGGGACCUGAACCCGCGGCGGGACAUCUCCUCCUGGCUGGCCCGGUGGUUCCCUAGAACCCCAGCCAGGUCUGUGGUGGCCCUGAAGACCCCCAUCAAAGUGGAGCUGGUGGCAGGGAAAACCUACAGGUGGUGUGUGUGUGGCCGCAGCAAGAAGCAGGUGAGACACCUACCUGCCUUCCUACUGAUACCUCCAUCUGGGAACAGCCUGGUGUCUCCACCCUUCUGUGACGGCUCCCACUUCUUCCAACGCACUGGCCUAUCUCCCCUCAAGUUCAAGGCCCAAGAGACCCGCACGGUGGCACUCUGUACCUGCAAGGCCACUCAGAGGCCCCCGUACUGCGAUGGCACCCACAGGAGUGAGCGCGUGCAGAAGGCAGAAGUGGGCUCCCCACUCUGAGGGGGCUGCUGCUGUCCAGCCACAGGUGGCCUUGGCUCCUGGCCUCUGACAGGCACCCCCUUCUGUGGGAAAGGAAACAGGUGCUGAGCCCAAGAAAGAGAUUGUGGUACCCACAGCUGGCUCAUGAAGGAAGAAUUCUUCCCUAUAACCUAAAAGUCUCCAGUCUGGGGCAGGCGGGAGUGGGCCCUGGUUCAAUGUUUGCUGAUGGGGAAGAUGGCAAAAACAAGCCGCCCAACUAGA